AUAAACUUAUUUAAACUUUAAAAAGUUUGACUAAAAAAAUCAAAUAACUUAUAAAAUCAUACAGAGGGACUAUAUAUGCAGCCACUGAUUCUCGUUUCUCCUUAUCACCAAGGUAAAGGUCAGCAGCAAAGAACUCAAAACCAACGUGCGUGAUCGGUGUACGUGUACUCGUUGGACUGCAGGUGAAGAGAUCACCGAUCGAUGGCUGCCGCCGGAGAUGGAGCAGGAGGCGGCGGCGAGCAGCUGACGGUGCUCGGCGCGUGGGGGAGCCCGUUCCUGGUCCGGGUGCGCCUGGCGCUCAACCUCAAGGGGCUCAGCUACGAGUACGUGGAGGUGGACCUCGCCGGCAAGAGCGACCUCCUCCUCGCCGCCAACCCCGUCCACGCCAAGGUCCCCGUCCUCCUCCACGCCGGGAGGCCCGUCUGCGAGUCCAUGCUCAUCGUCGAGUACCUCGACGAGGCCUUCCCUUCCUCCUCCUCCUCCGCCGCCGCGGCCACCACGAUCCUCCCCGCCGCCGACGACCCCUACGCCCGCGCCGUCGCCCGCUUCUGGGCCGCCUUCGUCGACGGCGAGCUGCUGAGCGGGUGGAUGGGGAUCUACGACGGCGGGAAGACCGGGGAGGAGAGGGCGGCGGCGCUGGCGCGGACGCGCGCGGCGCUGGACGCGCUGGAGGGCGCGCUCCGGGAGCGCGCGGGCGGGCGGUGGUUCGGCGGCGAGCGCGUGGGGCUCGUCGACGUGGCGCUCGGCGGGUUCGUGCCGGCGAUGCUGGCGUCGGAGCCGACGACCGGGGUCAGGAUCGUGGACGCGGACAGGACGCCGCUGCUGGCGGCGUGGGUGGAGCGGUUCUGCGCGCUGGAGGAGGCCAAGGCGGCGAUGCCGCCGCUCGAACGCCUCAUCGCGGCGGGCAAGAAGAGGUACGCCGAUCUGCAGGCGGCGGCGGCGGCGAGCGAGUGAGGUGGCCGGCCAUGUGUCCGUCGCUGCUCUGUUUAGCUGAAGAAAAGUCUGGCAUAUAUAAACAAUAAAUUCCGUAGAAACUGCUAUGAAAAUAAUGUUAUUUGUUGGUUUAUCUACAUAUUUUAGUUUUGUAACUACGUAUGUACUGGGUGUUUCGUUGGAUCUUUGGUACGGCGUCCGUAUCUUAAUCUGAUUCUGUCUAAAAGUUACAUAGUGCUCCUCCACCGA